UACGAGUCAACGAGUCAUACGAUGUCUCGCGAGUGUCGCAAGAGAUGCGAUCGCCGUACGUGCAUGCGUGGAUACGCUCAUUGACGACGCUUUCGUGCGACUCCUUCCGCACAUUCGUCGGCGUUCGCCCUCAUCGGCCCUCGUCGCGCAGUCACCUGGAUAAUGCAAUCGGGUUGGAUGGCGUGACUCAUCGGUGGCACAGGUCAAUUCGGCUCGUGACAAAGCGUCGAUCGCUCGUCGACCGCGGACAUGACGAAUCCUCCUGUAUCCACGUGCUGCGUCGACUAGAGACGAGAAUCGAAGCGUCGAUCGAUGCGAGGAUCGAUAGAGGACGAGAUGAGACUCACACAGCACUGGAUUGCACGAAACAAACUUCGGACGUGUCGCGUUUCGCGAGAGGUUCCUCGAGAAGGAGCCACCUAGCAAGCAGUCGACGGAGCCCGCGUAAGGCACGCACUGAAGAGGAACGAACGCUGACGCGCCGAGCGCCGACUACGAGUUCGUACAUUCACCAAUUCAUCGCCGAUCUACGCACCCACCCACAUACACACACACACACACGAAUGUCAUGCGCGCGGGCGGGCACACGCACACGUACGCGUGCGCGAGGCAGUGACAGGAAAAAAAGCGAAACGAAGCCGGUUCGCUUUAGAGAAAAUGUGAUCGUCGAGGGUAUGAGAGAGAUGCAACCAACUGCGGGCGAAGAGGUGAGAGGAAUAAGAAACGGGAUGAACUAAAAAGGCAACUCGAACGGAGGAGAUUGUAAGAUUACUCCGAC